ACCACCACGCAAAAUAAGGAACGAUGCAGCGUCUUCAACCAAAAUCUUUCCAUCUCCGCUGUUUUUUCUGUUGCGAUCUCCAUUCUCAAAGCGUCAAGAUAAAGUCAUCGCAUUCUUCGUAUUCGUCUUCUUCUUUGAAAUACGCGCCUUGGUCUGGUCUCGAAGCUUGGAGGGAGAGCCCUCUCAACGAGAGUCGAUUUUGGGGGCUCAAUGGACCCGAGCCUCAGCCUGUGGUUGAAUCAUCUACUGGAUUUCUCCAUGACGGUCGAAUUGAAUCGGCUUCGUCUCUUGCGGAGCUCGGCGCGUUGGUUCUCUCUACCAGUGACCCUUUGAGCAAGUCCAGGCUCUCUCAUCUUGCUUUCUCCAGGUGGUCUCAGAAACGUCUCCCCAUUGGUGUUUCCGAAGCUCCUCCUCCUCCUUCGCGUCCUCCUGAGCCGAAAUUGGUCUCCCCGAAGGAAAUUCCGGCUCCUAAGAACUCGGGGUUGCCUCUGAAUGCUUAUAUGCUACACAAUCUUGCUCAUGUGGAGCUUAAUGCAAUUGAUUUGGCGUGGGAUACUGUUGUUCGAUUUUCUCCCUUCAGUGAAGUUCUCGGGGAGGGGUUUUUUGCCGACUUUGCUCAUGUUGCUGAUGAUGAGAGCCGCCAUUUUACAUGGUGUUCACAGAGACUUGCUGAACUUGGAUUCAAAUAUGGAGAUAUGGCUGCUCAUAAUUUGCUUUGGCGGGAGUGUGAGAAAUCAUCAGAUAAUGUGGCUGCGCGCUUGGCAGCAAUACCGCUUGUCCAGGAGGCAAGAGGACUUGAUGCUGGGCCUCGACUGGUGAAGAAAUUAAUUGGCUUCGGGGAUCAUAGAACAUCUGAUAUUGUAGCUAGAAUUGCCGAUGAAGAAGUUGCACAUGUAGCUGUCGGUGUCUACUGGUUUAUCCUAGUCUGUCAGAAAAUGGAGCGUGCUCCAUGCUCCACUUUUAAAGAGUUGUUAAAAGAAUACAAUGUGGAACUAAAAGGGCCUUUCAAUUAUUCAGCUCGAGAUGAAGCUGGCCUUCCACGUGAUUGGUAUGACAUAUCAAACACAAACGUGCAGGAUGAGACAAGUCGAGGUGCUAAAAAUGAACAGCUAUCUGUGGUUUAUGAUAGGCUUGCUACUGUAAUAUCCAUGGAGAGUAAAAACUCGAGUUUGCAUUCAGAAUGAGUUGUGUGAUCAGCCAUCAUAAUCCGGGUUAUUGGAAUGUACAUCGCCAUCGCUGUUAUUGCAUGCUGCAUGGCUAAGAAUCGAUAACGUUUAAUGGUACUGGAUUACAGUUUCAUAUGGUUAGCUUCCUGUUUUAUCUGUCAUCAAGAUCAAGAGCUGAAUUCAUCCCCAUACUGAUUUAGACCUGCUGCUUUAGAAUCUCUAAAGCAUCAUUUUUGGUCCAACUUUGGAAGUUUUGGUUAGAAACAUUUGAAAAGGUGAAAAUAAGCACAACUUAGAAACUCUUGGAUAACUAUUAUGUUUUUAGUUUUCUACUUUU